AUGGCGUCCAAGUCCGGCGAGCUGCGCAUGACGCUGCUGGGCGUGGCCCUGCUGGGGCUGCUGCUGCUGAGCCAGCACGCGGCGCCCGUCGACGCCACCGAGAGCGCCGCCCCCGGCCUGAAAAUGACUAGCUUCAGCUUCAACAGCAACAACAGAAACUACAACGCCGGCGGCCGCACUCUCAGCAGCUUCAGCAUGAACGCCGGCGACAGCGAGAAGAAGACCCGCGGCAAGGGCGUCUGA